AUGGCAUCAUAACAAGACGGUCUCUCGCGGGUAACAGACGUAACUGACCCACUAAUCGGUAAAUAGCGAUUUAUUUUCGUGUAGCAUCGUUUAUUACGUGACAUAGUGUGAAAUUAUUUGUGGAUUGUUUAUAAAGAUGGUGUGUGGUGGUCGUUGCGGUUGCGGUGCGUUUUGCCGGCGUAUAUUUUGCCGCGGCCGCUCGCGAAGUGGUAGUAUUAAUGGAGAUUCAUCACCUAUUACUUUGACUCAGCUGGCUGAAGCUCGCGAUGUAAAGUUCACUCAGACCUUGACAGAGCCGUUGUCUAUCGGCUCCCAUAUUAUAUGCACAGGCACGCCCACCGAAGAUUUACCAUGGUUCGCAAUAAACAUUGGCUCUGGGGAUCCCGAGACGCGCGGAGACAUCGCGGUACAUUUCAACGUACGACUACCGCAGAAUUACGUGGUUCGCAACACCCGUAGACAUGACAAGUGGGGGCCAGAGGAGACCACCGCAUUUAGAUUAUUUCCUUUCAAAGUGGACCGUCCCUUCACGAUUGAGGUAUUGGUGGACGAGAAAGAGACGCUCUGGGCGGUUGAUGGCGAACACUACUGCAGCUUUGCGCAUCGUAACCCUUCGCCGCUGGCUGCCGGCUGGGUGCAGGUCACCGGCAUCAGGGACACAGACCUCAAGAUACAUAAGACUGACAUAUACCCUACCACAGGUCCGCCUGUUUUUGACAUUCCAACGAGAGAUAGCGCCGCGCAUCCACGGCAACAAGACGAACCAAUUUGGCGACCUAAUGUUAUUGCUAAGUUGCCAAAUGGUAUUGCCGAAGGAUAUCAGUUAGUUAUUUACGGCAGAUUACGACCAAUGUUACACUCGUUCGCGAUAGACUUGAUGGACGUGCACCGCGAGUGGCCGCGCGCGAACAUACUGCUGCACGUGAACGUGCGCGCGCACUCAGACGCGCAGUUCCCCCGGCAGCUGGUCGUGCUCAACGCGAGCCUCGGCGCCUGGGGACCCGAGCGCAGGCAGCGCAGCGCGCGCCUCGUGCCCGCCACACACACUACAAUAAGGAUAGUGCGGGGACCUGGCGAAUGGUCAGUCUAUACUGACAAUGUGCUGAUUGGUGAACUGGAAUACCGCGCGUCGCCAGAUGGCGUUAAAGCUAUUCGCAUACGUGGCGACAUCUAUCCUGAAGAUAUCUACGUAUGUCCGUCCACAUCCUCCCCUAUAGAAGACAAGAAAUAAUGAUCCUAUAAAUUUUGUUAUUAAAAAUAAACUUACUGCGCUUAUGUAAUCGAAUCUAGUGAUAAUCCACGGUGUUUUUGGCUUUAAAUAUAUUUUUAAUCAUACCUUGCAAGUACAAUAUAUGUAUAUAAGAUGUUG